UUUUAAGAUCUCCUGGCAUCAGUGAUUGCUUUAGGCUCUUGGUUUGUAUUCAAAUGGGCUACAUGGGUUUUUUAAGAUAUGUUUUUAAAUUUUAAUUUUAAUUUUUAAAGGUUAAUUACAUCAACCUUGUCUUAAUAUGGCCUAUAUCAUUGCUGCCAUUUUAACAAGCAAAUCAUGGCCGUCAUGGCAAUUGCUCUGCCCUUUAAUUGUGCUCUUCCUUUAGUUUGUUAAUGUGGAGAAGAUAUUUAUGGCCUUUAAGAGAUGCAAGUCUAGAUGGAGAUAGUAUUUAUCGAUCUAUUCAAAGUUCAUUUAUGUGAUUUGAGGAAUAGACAAAUGAGAUUUUAAAGUUGAUUGGUGUACUAGAUUUGGUACACUAUACUGUAUAAGAUCCCUUGUCAAGGCCAAUUCAAUUGGAAAAAUAUAUGGGAUUUGGGACCUAGCUUCUGAUCUUUGGUUGUGGCCUUUGAAUGGCCAUGAAUCCUCUUUGUAGGGUCUUUUUUUCUUUCAUUUUGAUUCUCAUUUCAAUCACAAACUUAAGGUUAACCACUAGUGAUUGCUUAUUUGUAGGUCAUUAAGAUUCCACUGUAUAGAAUCUCUGUUAUUUGCUUGCCUAACUUACCAAUUUUUUUUAGUUACUGGUGGUAGUAGUUGUUUAUUUUCCCAUAAGUUUUACCUCCGUGUAUUGUAAAUGUUCAUUGCCCAUGGGCUUAGAAGCCUCAUCCAUGGCCUGUAUAGUUAUGUGCUGUCUUCUUAUAGAGAGAACGUCAGGUGGGGUUCGCCAUCAUCAUGGCAAACAUACUGUUAGCAAGUUUUGUUUUAGUCAGGGGUAGCUGUGGAGAUGUGUGUUGCCCUUGUCUUUGUGAUAUUUUCCAGCUAAUCAAUAUGCCUGUACUCUUGGUAACCCUAUUUCAUUCAAGUGGGUGACCAAUAGAUAAGAUAAACUUUCUUGCCUGGUAGGUAGAGAUGAGGCGAUUGGUCUUUUACUUUUUGCGGGGGUCACAUGUAAUCCAUGGGUCAUUGUAAUUGUUGUUGGCCCCGGGCAACUGCUGUGUAUCCUUUCCUGGAGUGUUUCUGUAAGGUCAGCCCAAACUUGGUCUUCUUAAUAAACAUGGUUUUCAGCCACUAGCUGCACCCGUCCGAAAUCAAAAUUGUUCUGCUUUACCUCUAGACCAUGGACCGCUGGUCUCUAAUGGUACUUUGAAAUGAAUGUAUUCUACUAUUUUAUAUUUUGGAGUAUAUGCUAUUGCAGCUAGUGCACCCUAGGAGGUUCCAGAAACCCUUCCGGACAGGGUGAUAGAAAAGAUGAAAGCCCCGUCAAAGAAGGAAGUUCCCAUUAUUACCCCUGAAAAGUUGGCGGAAGCAGACGGCUUCAUAUUUGGAUUUCCUUCACGUUUUGGAAUGAUGGCAGCACAAUUUAAAGCAUUCUUCGAUUCUACAGAUGAGCUCUGGAAGUCUCAGAAAUUAGCUGGUAAACCUGCUGGCAUCUUUUGGAGUACAGGAUUUCAUGGUGGUGGCCAGGAAAAUACUGCUUUGACAGCCAUUACACAGUUGGCUCAUCAUGGUAUCAUUUUUGUUCCUCUGGGGUACACUUAUGGAGCUGACAUGUUUGAAAUAAAUGAAGUGAAAGGUGGUUCUACCUAUGGUGCUGGAACUUAUGCAGGAGAUGGUUCGCGUCAACCAACUAAACUGGAGUUAGAUCAAGCAUUCUACCAAGGGAAAUAUGUUGCCAGCAUUACUAAGAAAUUAAAAUUGGCUACAUAGUUUUACUGUAUCAGUGUAUUGUAACAAUCUCUAAAUUUCAUAUAAUCUUUACUCAUGUUAUGCACAUGUUCACAGAUGGAUAACUUAAUGAUCUAUAAAUAAAUUUCAUCUGAUUUGGCUACAAAUUGUUGAGCCAAAUACAGGACUUGGUUUCAGAAAUUAAAAAGUCACGAUGAUGAAAGUGUAAAGGGGCAAAUCUAAUAACAAAUUGGCACUAAUUUUCAUGAA